ACUCUCGCAAUUCCCAACCUGUGUCGAACUUUCGGUCCAGAGGCAAGAUGAGUUCUCCGAAAGAGGAGGAGAAGCCUCACGAUGAGUCGCGGGAACACCCGGAGGGUGAUGAUGCCAAUGACGAGGAGGAGAUCUCGGCCAUGAAGCGACGCGUUGCAGAGAUGGAGGCAGAAGCCGCUAAAUUAAGAGAGAUGCAGGCGUCCCUGGACCAGACUCGCCAAGAGCUGAGCGAGGACAAGGAGGACGUCGAUAACCGGAGCAUAUUUGUCGGCAAUGUCGACUACUCAACUUCUCCAGAAGAGCUGCAGGCCCACUUUCAAAGCUGCGGGUCAAUCAACCGCGUCACAAUCCUGCUGGACAAGUUCACAGGCCAGCCAAAGGGAUAUGCAUAUGUAGAGUUUAGCGAGCCAAAUCUCGUCGCCCAAGCCCUUGUUCUCAAUGACAGCGUCUUCAAGGGCCGCAAUAUUAAGGUGGAGCCGAAGCGGACAAACGUGCCGGGCAUGAGCCGUGGCCGCGGCCGGGGAGGGUUCCGUGGCGGCGGUCGGGGCUUCUACAACGGCUACGGUGGAAGAGGCGGGUUUCCAAGAGGAGGAUAUCGUGGUGGCUACAGGGGUCGGGGUCGCGGUUUCGCCCCGUAUUAAGCUCAAGGCGCAUCUACUAGAGCUGGAUGGAACAUGGUAUGCCAUGUUUGAUCUGAUGGUGACAGCCUUCCAGGGUGUACGAUAAGAGCCAGGAAGGACUGUUGAAGUAGGGACAAGUCGUUUUUCGCGUCGGCAAGGCGUCAUGGGGAUGGCAAAAAGAACGGAAGGAUACUUCUUACAGAGCAUUUCUAUCCUUUUUCUUUCUUUAUAUCGGCAUCAGCAUUUUUCGUCACUACGUGACCGUAAGAUCGGGACAGAUCAGGAAAGUCACAAAUCAAUCUACAACGGUAUCGACGGUAGGCAAGCUUUGGCCUGCUAUCUCUCAAAAGGGUGCGUUCUCCAAGUCUACUGUAGCAUGCCUUGAUUCAUCAAGCAGGUCUCUGUGUCUUCUUGGGAGGCGAGGACAGAGAGCAAUGUAUGUUAAUAUGAAAGGAUAAACGAGAGAAAGAAUUUGACUCAUUGUUGAUUCCGGGGCAUUC